AUGGGUUCGAAAUCAUCGUCGUCCUGGGCAUUGGCAUGCCUCCUGUUCAUUUUCGUCCAAGAUUCAACUGCCACUUUCCGAUUCUCCGACAUUCAACUCGUCGUUGGAUUUUCUUCUACUUGCACAUCAUCCUAUCAAAGCAGCAUUAGCAACUGCAAUCUCAACGACUUGGCCGGCAUUGGAGGGUCGGGUUCUUGCUCUUCAAAUUGUCAGUCGAGUAUUCGAUCCGCCCAAUCAGCGGUGCAGCGCGCCUGUAGCCGAGAGACAGCCGACCUGAAUUCUUUAAUCGGGAAAAUCUUUGUGGGAGAAGCGGUUGAGUUCUUGUGUGACCCAGUAAUAGAAACAUCAACCACCACUACCACUGUGGGAUCCGCCGAAACCACUGCUGCAUUAACAAAUACAGCGACAGCGGCAGCGACGCAGACCACCGCAGCGACGUCAACAGCGGCUUCAAGCAACUCCCAGUCUGCAAGUCCCUCAACCGAUAGCACCACUGCCACAUCAGAAACGUCAUCCUCCUCCGCCUCCACGGACUCAACUACGUUCAGCAUUACCUCUUUUUCCACCAUAAGUACAAGCACGACCUCAGCGUCGGCCGCAUCAACCACCACCACUCGUUCCAACACCAGUGGCGGCAACGCUGGUGGCGGUGGCAGUCCUUUCGACCCCGCUGGCAACACUGCCACUUUCUCCAAAGCUAUACAGCCACAUUUCUUUGUGCUCACUUUGAUUUUGAUCUUCUUGGUCUCGCUAUGA